GUGAUGUAAUUCAACGGCUGACUGCCGUUCGCCGCCGACUACAGUCGGGGAGCCAUUCGUUUGCCGUUGCCACCAUCAACAACCCUUGCGUGGUCCACGGAGCGCAUGCGCGCCCUGGCCACUCUCCCUCUCUUUCGGGCAGGUGGUCGGUCAAUCGGUCGACAGCGGAACCAGAGACCAGAGUCGCGGUCGUUCCGUCGCGGGAACCAGCAGCUGACAGUUCUCUCCGGGUUCUGAGGGAAGAGUGGAAGAAGAAGAAAAAAAGUGUGUGCAAAAAUCGGACCAAGGGUUACUACGGUGAACGUCGGAAAAAGUUUGAUCCCGCCGGAAGUGGGCUCGGUUCCGGGUGAUUAUCGCUGUCAGCGUCGAGUUUGGGUGCUAGAGUAGGCCAUGGAGUGCACCUAGAGCUGUCAAAAGGAGGAGGAGAAUCGCUGCAAAUUGGUCGUCCGAAAAGGAGAAGAACCUGGAAAGGGGGUGGAGGAGGGUUGAAAAUUGAUCGACAAGUCGACACUGGGCACCCGAUUAACAAGAAAAAACAGUAACAAUGUCGUCACUGGAGCACGACAGCAACGCUCCGGUGGAUCCACGGGUGCAGAUCGAACUCGAAAAGCUCAACGAGGCCACAGACAACAUCAACAAGUAUGAACUUGAUUUGGAGGAAGCCAAGACCGACUUUCGCGAGCUGCUCAAGGAGAGCAUCGAGAAGAUCAAGGCGGUCGCAAAGAAGCUGGGCAACUCGAUCGAUUCUGCCAAACCGUACUACGAAGCAAGGCUGUACGCUUCGCAGCUCACCAAAGAGACCCAGCAGUCGGCGCUCAACUACGACAAGGCCAAGUCGGUGCACGCGGCGGCCAAGGAGAUGGUGUACCUGGCGGAGCAGGGCCUCGGCGAAAAGUCCACGCUGGACACGGCCUGCCAGGAGAUGCUGACGCACGCGACGACCCGCGUCAACGAGAGCCAGAACGAGUGCACCGAGAUGCGGAACGUGCUGCGGAUCAGCGAGCUGAAGCUGGAGGUGGCCAACAACCGGGUGGCGAAGCUGCACUCGCAGCUGCGCGGCGCGAUUCGCGCCUCCAGUUUGGAAAUUCGCAGAAACCUGCUAAUCAUGAGUUUUCUAGCUUAUCAGAAUCAGUUAUUGUUUGCACCGUACUACGAGCUACGCGCCAACUACAACGCCGUUCUGCUUGAGCAAAAACAAAAAGUGUUGGACCUGGAGUCCAAGGUAGCGGAAGCCAAGAUGAGCUACAACGAGGCGUUGACCAAUCUGGAGAAGAUUUCCGAGGAGAUCCACCAACAGCGGAAAGCUCGCGCCAGCAGUAUCGACGAGGACGCUUCCUCGUCGUCGUCCUCCACGAACCGGAACAAUCCGGCCGGCCAGCUGGGACCGGCCACCCUCGCCGGAAUGCACCUCCCGUUCAGCAAGUCCCCGUCGGCGGCGCGGAUCGAGUGCAACGACGAGUACCUGGAGUUUCCGGCCAAGCUGGGCCUCAAGUCGAGCCCGAUCAAGCAGAAGUACCUGGACAAGCUGGACUGUCCGCACCUGCUGAAGGACUUUGCGCGGAAAACGAGUCCGGGCGGCGAAAGCGACUCGGACAACAACUAUCUGUUUUCGCCGAACCGGACCAUCGACGACAUUACGAACAUGUCGUCGGAGGACAUCGAGCAGUGGACGGAGAUCCGGCUGUCGAACUCGAACAGCAGCAGUUCCGGGUACUCGCAGCACAACUCGCUGGCGCUGGAGGAGGACGACGGGCGGAGCAUGCCGGCGGGGAUUUCGGACACGACGGACACCGAUACGGACGAUAGCCAUUCGGGGCCGAAGGUCAAAACCCGCAUCAUCAAGAUGGAACUGUACGACGACAGCGCCAACCAGAACCUGCUGUCGAAGCGGACCGAGGGCAUCACCGGGUGGCUGACGGGUCGCUCGAUCGGCCGGUCCGCCUCCAUCUCCGUAACCGGAUGUGCCCCCACCAGCCUGAAAGAGGCCACCACCAGCGCCAACGCCAACGACGCCAGCGGCAGCAGCUCCGGCCGGCGCCAAAGCCUGGACAUCAUCAUCGACACGGGGGACCGCGUCAAGGACGUGUUCACCCAGGGCAUCCAGCGGAUCGGGCGGACGCUGGAGCGCCGGAACAGCGAGUCGGAGGUGGCCCGCGACGGGGACGGCGGACCGGGGAGUGAUUCCGGUGGCGGUGGGAUUCCGGCACUCGGGAGUGAUUUUUUUCUCUUCCAGCGCUCGUCGGAUUCUGCACGGGAUGGCCUCUCGGAUGAGCAGGUGGAGAACCUACUUCUAGGCCAGGCCGACCUCUUUCAGAACGUGGUCAACAUGUCGAAGUAGGCGGCGGGAUUGGGCGAGCGUGCGCGAAAAAGAGAGGGGGGAACGGGGAGAUUUUUUCUGUGAUUAGUGGAAGGGGGGCGGGGGCCAUAAACAAAAACAAAACACACACACACAGAUACUAAUUAUGAAAAUGGUGCAUUUCCGAGUGAGAAAAAAAAACUCCGGAGGCGCUGGAGUCUGCAGAAAAUUAUACACUUAUUAAGCAAUUAAUCACCGUAGCGAAGGUAGCAGUAUUUUAAACAGUUAGGUUAAGAAGGUAAACAACAACAAAAGAAAAAAAGUUGUUGACAGCGUGCGGAGAGAACUGACGCGAACGGCGGCCAUUUUGUUUUCGCUUCUCGGUGAUUGCAGCGCCACUCGGUGGUGGGAAAUUGAACGCAUAUCACGCAAACAACCAAAAUUUGCGACAAAUCUCCCCGAUAUGAUAGAGAAUUUUUCGAUGGCGUCUUCUUAAACUUUCUGGGACAUUUUUGAAAAGGGGCGAGUUCUCUCCGCGAAAACUCUUGUUGUUAGCGGCUUAAAACAAAAAUACUCUUGUGGAGGAAAGAGGCUUUAACUAAAAAACGCAAUUGAUCGUGCUAAUGAUCGGACUAGAUUUCAAUGAAAAAAAUAACUUAACGCUAAACAAACUGUACUAUUAUAUGCUAAACAAAGACACAAACACACACACACAUCAAACAAUCUAUUAAGUAAUAACCGGAAAAGUAAAGCAAUUUUAGCUGUCAAAGCAUUCCACGUCGUGGAGCAAGAAAGCAAAACAAAAAAAAACGGUGGAAGAAAUAGAAACGUGGUUUAAUUUGUU